CUUCUCCAACCAAAUCGCACCAAUGGCCCCCACAAGGCGCGGGGUCUGUUGGCAGAACACUGGAACCGGCGCUCUCUCUCGCGCCGCGGGGAUAAGUUGGGCACCGCGAGGAAAGGAACGGGAGCGGGGUCUCUCCGUAGGCAGCGGCCCAUGGCGGCAUCACUUACGAGCUUGGGAACUCUCCGCUCGGGCCGGUUCUGCACUCCGCUCUCCCUCACCUCAGAACAGCACCGGCGGUUCUCGGGCGCAUCGAGGCCGCGGACCACGUAGCACCCAUGGCCGCCAACCCUCGUAUCCGGGUCCGCGAGGCCACGCCCGCCGAUGUCGACACCAUAGUGGACGUCUACUUCGCCGCGUUCGACGACAACAUCAUGAACCAAUUGAUGUACCCGAACGGCGUCUCUGAAGACUCCAAAAAGAAGUUCGGUUCCAGCUUCCGGCAACCGGCUGCUGCUGAGGGCGAUGCAGCGAGCGCUGCCAAAAAGGGAGAACUCUUGCUUUGUGUUGCUGAGUAUCUGCCGGAAGGCAGCUCUGCUGACGGCCCAGGCGAGAUCGUCGCCUUUGCGUGGUGGCAGCUGGACCGGACGCCGCGCACAGAGGAAGAGUGGCUGAAUACUCCGCCCUUCGCCGCGACGGCUGAGUCCUGGGGCGAGGACUGCGAUCUGUCGGUCGUCAAUUUGUUCAUCGGCGGGAUGACAGAGCUGCAAAGGAAGCAUGCCAAGGGUGAAGCAGCUCUAUACCUGAAGAUUCUCGCCUGCAGUCCGACCCGGCAGCGCUUGGGAGCCGGAUCGGCGCUGGUGCAGUGGGGAGUCAACCUUGCUGAUAGCCUCGGUCUGCCUUGCCGCCUCGAGGCGUCUCCUGUGGGCUAUGCUCUCUACCGCAAGUUCGGCUUCGAGGAUGUCGACGUACAUGAUCUCAACGUCGCCGAAAUCUGGGGCGUAUCCAAUGUGAACGGAAGCAACUGGGGUGCGAAUAAUGCCGUGGCUCUCGCUGGACCGCCUCCCGAGGGGGUUAUGCGCACCGUGAUCAUGAGGAGACCUCCUAAGAAGCAGAAUCCAAGGGAAAUCUGCCGGCGGAAUCUGUUCCAGUUAGCCAAUCCAGUACGCAUGCUGCAUGCACCUCUCCUCCAAUCGUGGCGGCUACCUGCAGCGGAACAAGGUGCGUCGUUUCAUUGGCAACGUAGCCGCCAACCACUGGCGACCCCUGCUCAGGAGGGUGCCCAAGCCCUCCGAGACGCGACAGCUUUUAAAUGCUCCACAGCCAGCAUGGAUCCCGUCAGCGCCACGGCUAACAUCGUAGCCAUCGUUCAAGCCGCCAAUCGAGUGAUCACUCUGCGUACAACGGCGUUGGAUGCUCUCGCCCGUGACCACGGUCCGAUCGAAGGCUGUCGAAAGGCCAUAUUGGAACUGGAGCAUCUCCUGCCAUCCGAAUCGAUUUUCAGCACCGAGUCCAAGAGGAAGGCCUUGUUGACUGCCAUCGCCUGGACUUUGAAAGAUUCCAAAGCCAAAGCCCUCUUGGACGAGCUGAGAGGAUACAAAAGUACCAUCACACUCGCGCUUACAACCGACUCCGUUUUCGAUCUUAAAGACAUCAAGGCUAGCACGGAGGAGAUACAAACCACCACCAAGGUGAUCCAUGCCUCUCUAACAGACAUACAACGGCAGCAGGUCGACAGCUGGCUGCGCGUCACGGACACGUCCAGGCUCCACGAGAAGUCCUGCGCCGAGUAUGAACCCGGGACCGGCGAGUGGCUGUUUCGCUCUCCCGAAUGGAUCUCGUGGCUCGAGGAGAAGACCCGCUGCCUCUGGGUGCACGGCAUCCCCGGCGCCGGCAAGACAGUGUUAGCCUCCCAUCUGAUCGAAACUGUGAAGCAACAUUGCGGGACGCGCGGCAGAGACUACGCCUGCGCCUACUACUAUUGCUACUUCGGGCACGCGCAGAAUGAAGCUGCGCCGAUGUUGAGAUCGGUGCUCUCGCAGCUCUGCCGGCAGCUCGGCGAUGUGCCCAUCGCUGUCUACGAGUUAUACCGCCAGGGCGGCGAGCCGAGCCUCGCUAGUCUCCUUCUCGCUCUAGGGAAGGUUGUCCAGGCCUUUCACCGGGUGUUCCUGUUCGUGGACGCCGUCGAUGAGAGCUCGCCCCGGCAGGACCUCCUCCGCGUGUUGCGGGACCUCGCAGUUGAUCCACAAUUUGACAUGGUGCGCGUCCUAGCCACUAGCCGCGAGUACGUCGACAUCGAGGAGGUCAUGCUGGAGAUCUCGACGCCGAUAUCAAUGCGAAACGAGCUGCUCGACGAAGACAUUACGCGCUAUGUCGAAGCGAAGUUGGAGCAGAACCGCAGGGUGCGGCGCUGGCCGCAGAGUGUCCGAGAGGAGGCAGCCCGGGCGUUGUCUGCGAAAGCAGGCGGCAUGUUCCGGUGGGUGGUCUGUCAAAUUGAUGCACUGCAACGGCUGAAGCCAGAGCGCAGCAUCAUCCAAGCUGCGUUGGCCGACCUGCCCCGGACGCUCGACGAAACAUAUGAGCGCGUCCUGCUGCGCAUCCCUGAAGAAGCUCGCUCGUUCGUCCAACACGUCCUCCGGUGGAUGAGCACCCAUCGCGCCAUACAUCACAAUAUCCCUGGUGUGCAGCGCACAUUUGGAUGUAGCCUUUCCGCCGUGGAUAUAGAGAGUGCCACCAACAUCCCGUGCGCAAUUCUCUUUCGGGCCGUCGAAGAGAGUCUGUCCAGGGAAGACUCGAGUGACAACAUUGUUAUGAGUGGCUAUUUGAUCGAUGAAGAACUGCUCCGCGAGUUCUGCGGCUGCUUGGUAACGCUCACCAGGUACAGGGUACGGGAUCCAACGACCACCGAGGAGAUGACCGAAGUGUCCUUUGCGCACUACACGGUCCUCGAGUUCCUGGACUCGGCUCGGAUACGGCGUGGCCCCGUGGCUGCGUUUGCACUUGACCGAGACCGGGUGAUGGCCGACCACGCCGCGAUGCUCUUUCAGGGGGCAGUUGCGGAAAUGGACCGCUGGGCCAGCGACGUGCCUCGACACCGCGGGCUCGACUUCUACACCGACUUUGAGCGAUACUGCGCUCACGCAUCGGCAAUGAUAUUGCACUGGCAUGCCCGGAUGCUCGAAUCAUCUGGGACGGCUGCGUGGAUGACACCGGUGGUGCAACUGCUCGAGCCGCGCACGGCAUCCCUGGGAAGCUACUUCUGGUACGACGACAAUCUCAACAGCUACGAUAGUCCUAUGGCCUCGGCUAUCCUGGCAUUUCGCCGGACCCAUCGGCUCAAAUUCCUCUGUUACCUGGCGCGAGCAUUUCUGGCAAGGCUGGGUCUGGGCAACGACGCUUUCGCCAGCAAGAUCGAGGUCCAGUUCGAGCCCGGGACGAGGUACCAGGACUUCACCAACAACAGCUGGGCGACGUCAACCGACCGCAUUGGUCGGAGGGACAUCUUCAGUUUCCGAGGUUCCGCCUUGGAAUUCUACGCUCAGUUGCCCGGUCUUGCCACGCAUCAGGGCCUCUCCGAGAUUCUCGACUCACUCGCCGGCAGAUUUGACCCUUCGACGCUUAUGCUAUUGGCCAUUGCUCACCAUAUCCACAGCCCCUGGGAGGUCGAGUCGUAUUGCUGGGGUUGUUGCGUUUUGAGGCAGCUCCUGCAGCUUGGCGCUCGGUCGACCGUCCCAGGUUACGCUGUCGGUUCAUUGCAGAUCGCGGCCUCGAUGCUGGAUGUUGCAGGAGUGAAGCUGCUGCUGGAGGCUGGGAUUGACCCCAACGACGUGGGCGACGUGAAUGGUGAGAUUGGAACGCCGGACAAGGGUCCGAUGCUCGGGUGGUUCGGACGGAUGCGAGGCAAGAGUCCUCUGCGUAUUGUCAGGAGCGGCGACUACGCAGAGCUGGGCCACGACUGGUUUCUGGUUAGCGGGACUGGCGACACCCGUCCUACGCAGCUGGAGGCCAUCCUGAUGCAAUACGGAGGGAGGGAUUUUGAUCAGGUCUCGCUGAUGGAGAAUCUCCAGUCAGGCACCCAGGCUCUAGAGGACGCAGUCGAGGACGCUCGGCAACCCGAAGGAAAGGAAGGCCUUGAUGGCGUUUUGAUGCAAGAUUUACCGGUGUUUCCGCGGCUGACAUCCAAUCUUUGA